UGGAGAUUGGAGAUUUGACAUGGGCAUACCUUAUCCCCCCAAUAUAUCUCUUCUACUCUCACUGGCCACAAUCUGCCCACAUCAGCCAAGAUAUAGCCUACACCAUCACUCUCUCUUCCUCUUACCCCGUACCUCAUCAUCGAUCACACCCCUUUUUAACUGUAAAAACUACCAUAACCACCACCUCCUCUGCCUCACUCACAACCCCACAACCCCAUCUCUGCCACCAUGGCUGCUUCUGCAGCUGCAGCCAUGAGCUCAUCUUUCUCACCCUCCAUCUACACCGUCAAAUGCCUACGAUCAUCCAAUCAAAUGUCCCCACUUGAUCAUCUCCACCUUAAAAUGGCCCCUACCCGGAUGCUUUCAUCAUCAUCUCUAUCAAACCCUUGUGCCAUAGAACCCCUACUUUCGAUCAAUGCCGGUUCGAACAAGUUUCGGGUGCUGAGGGUAAGUACUGCCGUGGCUCAAGAAGAGGUGGCGGUGACUGAUGAGAUUGAGCAAGUUGCCUCAUUGGCUGAGGAGGAGCAGCAGGAAGAAAAGAAAGCAGAGGAGCAGGUGGUGUUCACAGGUGAUGAAGAGUUGGGAGGAGAAGCGGCAGCUGAAGUUUCAGGUGGAGGAGAUGAGGGUGAGGAGGCUGUUGCUGUGAACACAAAGCUUUACUUUGGGAACCUUCCUUAUAGCGUUGACAGUGCACAGCUUGCUGGGAUAAUUCAGGACUAUGGAAGUCCAGAGUUGAUUGAGGUUCUCUAUCAUAGGGACACUGGAAGAAGCAGAGGAUUCGCAUUCGUUACAAUGAGCACUGUUGAAGAUUGUAAUGCUGUCAUUGAAAAUCUUGAUGGACGUGAAUUCAUGGGGCGAACCUUGAGGGUGAACUUAGCGGACAAGCCAAGACCGAAAGUACCUCUAUAUCCUGAAACUGAGUUCAAGCUUUUCGUAGGGAAUUUAUCCUGGUCAGUCACAUCUGAAAGCUUGACGAAAGCUUUUCAAGAAUAUGGAAAUGUGGUUGGAGCCAGGGUGCUAUAUGACGGGGAGACAGGAAGGUCCCGUGGCUAUGGAUUUGUAUGCUACUCAACGAAGUCAGAGAUGGACACUGCCUUAGAAUCUCUCGAUGGAGCGGAACUAGAAGGAAGAGCACUGCGUGUAAGCUUGGCUGAAGGGAAACGUUCAUAAGCAUUAACAGUGUGUAAAUUUGGAAAAAGGGUUAAUUGGAAAUGUUAGCUCAGGUACUCACACAAGUGACUUGACUGGAGCUCCCCUUUCAUUUCUUGUUGCUUUUUGUAACUCUCUUUUUUCUUUUUUCUUUUUUCAUCCCACGACUCUUCCGGAAAUUCCUGGUGGAUAUGACUGUUUUUGGCAAUUGUAAUGGUGAUUUUGCUGCCUAA